CCCCAUCUCUCUCUCUCCUCCGGUUUUUAAACCCACUGUUCCGAGCAAGACAACAGCAGCAGCUGCUCGCGGCGGCGAAGCGAGACGAGGCGAGGCGAGGCGAGGCGAGGCGCCCCACCAUCGUGAGGAGGGGGGAGCCAUCAACUCGAGCUCGACGCGCCGGCGGCCGGGGUGCGAGGCUAGGGUUAGGGUUCCCCUCGAUCCGGCAUUGCGGAGGCCCCCCACUCGGCGCGGCGGGCGCGGCGGGGGCUCGAGAGAGCGAGAGGGAGAGACGCGCGUGAUUUGGAUGGUGGAUUGCGGCGCCGGGGCUCAGAUCUGAGAUGGCGGACGGCGGCGGCGGGGAGGAGGGGAGCGCGUCGGCGCUCAGGGGCUCCGCGCGACGGCGCGGGGCGGUGCAGCCGGCGGGGCUGGACGCCGACGAGCUCCUCACGCUGAUGCACGGGUCGGAUCCCGUCAAGGUCGAGCUCAACCGCCUGGAGAACGAAGUGAGGGAUAAGGAUAGGGAGCUCGGAGAUGCGCAUGCGGAGAUUAAGGCGCUAAGGCUGUCAGAAAGAGCGCGGGAGAAGGCCGUCGAGGAGCUCACAGCGGAAUAUGAGAAGCUGGAUGAGAAACUCAAGCUAACAGAGUCUCUCCUUGAAAGCAAAAAUCUAGAACUCAAGAAAACAAAUGAUGAGAAAAAGGCGGCUAUGGCUGCUCAGUUUGCAGCAGAAGCAACUCUGCGAAGAGUGCAUGCAGCCCAAAAAGAUGAUGAUAUGCCACCUAUUGAAGCUAUUCUUGCUCCACUUGAAGCUGAACUAAAGCUUGCUCGUCAAGAGAUUGCAAAACUCCAGGAUGACAACAGAGCUUUAGAUCGUCUAACAAAACAAAAGGAGGCAGCGCUGCUGGAAGCAGAAAGGACUGUAGAAAUUGCAUUAGCAAAAGCGGCCAUGGUUGAUGACAUGCAAAACAAGAACCAAGAGUUAAUGAAACAAAUUGAGAUCUGCCAGGAAGAAAAUAAGAUCUUGGACAGGCUGCACCGCCAAAAAGUUGCUGAAGUAGAAAAGCUUAGUCAAACUGUAAGAGAGCUGGAAGAGGCUGUUCUUGCUGGUGGUGCAGCUGCUAAUGCUGUCAGAGAUUACCAGCGGAAAGUUCAAGAAAUGAAUGAGGAAAGAAAAAUUCUUGACCGUGAGCUUGCGCGGGCAAAAGUUACAGCAAACAGAGUUGCUGUUGUAGUUGCAAAUGAGUGGAAAGAUGCUAAUGACAAAGUAAUGCCUGUCAAACAGUGGCUUGAAGAGCGCAGGUUUCUGCAGGGUGAGAUGCAGCAACUUCGUGAUAAACUUGCUAUUGCAGAACGAACAGCUCGAUCUGAAGCUCAACUAAAGGAAAAGUACCAGCUGCGCCUAAAAGUUCUAGAAGAUGGAUUGAGGGGGCCACCUAGUGGUUCUAGUCGUCCUACAGAAGGAAAGAGUAUCGGUAAUGGACCAUCCCGUCGGUUGUCUCUAGGUGGAGCAGAUAAUAUGUCAAAAAUCUCCCCGAAUGGCAUGUUGGCAAGGAGAUCUCCAUCAUUUAAUUCAAGAUCCUCUCUUUCUACUAGCAGCAGCUUGGUCAUCAAGCAUGCAAAGGGAACUUCAAGGUCAUUUGAUGGUGGUACCAGGUCAUUAGACCGUGGAAAAGUCCUUGGGAAUGGACCUCAUUUGCUCAAUAGAUCUACGGAUGCUGUUAGAGAUUGUGAGACAACUGAUGAUUGGAAGGCGGCUAACACAGAAGAAAAAGGUAGCGAGGCCACAAAUAGUAGUUCAACUGACACAGUAUCUGGUGUACUCUAUGACAUGCUGCAAAAGGAGGUCAUUUCAUUGAGAAAGGCAUGCCAUGAGAAAGAUCAAAGUCUAAAAGACAAGGAUGAUGCAAUUGAGAUGUUGGCAAAAAAGGUAGAUACAUUAACCAAGGCUAUGGAAGUGGAGGCUAAAAAGAUGAGGCGAGAGGUAGCUGCUAUGGAGAAGGAAGUUGCUGCUAUGCGUCUUGACAAGGAUCAAGAAAACAAGGCUAAGCGGCCUGGAAAUUUCAAAGGACCUGGAACCACUUCUCAGGCGCCUCAUGGAAGCAGAAAUGCACCACGGGGUGGGUUGACUCGGAACCUUCAAUAACAUACCUCUAACACCAGUCAGCAUGAAUUUCUUCGAUAGUUUCGGAUUUCCCUUUGUAUUUGUUCCUCUGUUCGUAUUAAUUUUGUGAUUGAGAUAGCACAGAUGACCCUGCGACACCUAGAUUGGGGAAAGAGUAGGCUUGCAUCUGACAUCGGCUUUGCUGUAAUGUAGUGAAGGUAAUCCUUCGGUAAGGUUUAACCUUGCGGCACGCUCCCAUUUUGUCAAGGCAGUGCACGUUGUGGUUGUAUAGGCUGGAGGACCUUGUCUUCUUCCCUUCUGUAAUUUAGAUAGUGUGUUUGCUUUUGCUUGUCAGGGUUGUGAAUAUAUUAUUAUCGCAAUAUAUUAGGGUCACCCUCUCCCGCUCUAUUUGAGCUUGGUUGGGCUGUAAUUGAUUUCUCGUGUUUAACUGAUGUAGCACAAUUAACUCUUGAUAUUUUGUUUCAACCUCGAGCUGAAUCAGAAUGGUGGUUUCUUGCUUGCAA